ACUACACCUACAACUACCUCUACAACUACCAACUACCGAGUAUCAUCCUGAAGAGAGCAGCAGUACAACAAAACAAUCCACAAUGCCACCCUCCCACCACCACCACCACCACCACCACCACCACCAGCAUACAACCUCUCAAUCCUUCCCUCGCCACUCUAUUCUUCCCUCCUCGUCGUCAUCAUCAUCAUCACUGAACCCGAACAUGAACAGCAGCAGCAGCAGCUUCAGCAACGCGAAUGCCUCAUCCAUGUCCGCUACCAAAACAAGACAAUACGCCCAUUUACACUCGCAGCUCGCGGUGCUGAAUGCGCAUCUCGCCGACACGGAGAACUUGCUCCGGAUGACGGCUGUGCAGGCGGAGGAUAUGAGGUUUCUGGGCGGGUAUGUUGGCGCGUUGUUUAUGGGGUCUGCGAAGGUUUUGGGGGAGGAGGGGGUGAAGGGGAAGGGGAAGGAGAGGGAAAGGGAGAGGGAAGAUGAGGAAGAUGGGGAGGAAGAGGAGGAGGAGAAAUAAUGGUGUCCCCCCCGGAAUAUUACGAGCUAUCCACGACGAAAGCUCCUCCGAGAAUAAUCGCUGGUUCUUCGAUG